GAUGGCUGUGGGUGACGUUUGAUGAGAUUAUUAUAAUCCUUGCAAAAUAAACAAACCUGUCUAGAGGCGGUAAAUAAACCAGCAUGGCACAAGUGGCAGGGAGUGUUCUUACUACCUCAUUCCUAAAAGGAAUCAAGGACAGCCACUUCAGCUCAUGUCCACUUUGAGGACUGGAUGAUGCAUUUGUUCCCCCCAUCUAUGUAUUUAUUGCACACUUUCUCAGCUAUUGUUGGAUGUCACUGCUAGCAAGGUAGCAUUUAUCCUCUGGGAUUUUGGAGCACUGAAGCUAUGAUGGUCAUCACUUGGAAUGUUUUUUUACACGCAUUUUUACUAGCACUGGUCAAAGCAAACCAGAGGAGUUCCAGGGACCCUGCCAACUGCAAGCUCAACAAGAAACAAAGCCAUCUGAACUCCUUUCUCUGGACCAUCAAACGAGAUCCUCCUUCAUACUUCUUUGGCACCAUUCAUGUCCCAUACACAAGGGUGUGGGAUUUUAUCCCAGAAAACUCUAAGAAAGCUUUCCAGCAGAGCAAUAUUGUGUACUUUGAGCUGGAUUUGACAGAUCCCUACACAAUCUCUGCACUGACCAGUUGCCAGAUGCUGCCUCAGGGUGAGAAUCUACAAAGUGUUCUUCCUAGGGAUAUUUAUCGCAGGCUCAAACGCCAUUUGGAAUAUGUUAAACACAUGAUGCCCUCAUGGAUGACUCCAGAUCAAAGAGGAAAAGGACUUUAUGCUGAUUAUUUAUUUAAUGCCAUUGCUGGAAACUGGGAACGAAAGAGACCUGUAUGGGUGAUGCUUAUGGUGAAUUCCCUGACAGAGGUUGACAUUAAAUCAAGGGGAGUACCAGUACUGGAUCUGUAUCUUGCCCAGGAAGCAGAGCGUCUUAAAAAGAGGACUGGGGCAGUUGAGAAGGUAGAAGAACAAUGUCACCCGCUUAAUGGGUUGAAUUUUUCACAGGUGAUAUUUGCCUUAAACCAAACCCUUUUGCAGCAGGAAAGCCUUCGUGCUGGAAGUCUCCAAGCUCCAUACACAACGGAGGACCUCAUCAAACACUACAACUGCGGAGACCUGAACUCCAUAAUAUUCAACCAUGAUUCUUCACAAGUGCCCAAUUUCAUAAAUGUCACAGUGCCACCACAUGAACAAAUCACUGCACAAGAGAUUGAUAACUAUUUUCGAGAAGAACUAAUCUACAAAAGAAAUGAACGUAUGGGAAAGAGAGUGAAGGAUCUGUUGGAAGAGUUUCCAGAAAAGAGCUUUUUUUUUGCUUUUGGUGCAGGUCAUUUCAUGGGUAACAAUACUGUCCUUGAUGUUUUAAAACGAUACGGCUAUGAUGUGCAUCACACCCCUGCUGGAAAGUCAAUCAUGGGUAAAAAGUCUCCUGCCUUGAAGUUAUCACCUUCUCCCGCAUAUACAUCCACUUCCAAAGUGAGGCACAAAGUAAACCCACCCAAAGAGAAAGAAAUGAUACCCAACUUGCUCAUUUCUGAUAAAGUAGAUUUCAUGGACAAGGGUGGCAGGAAAUACAAAAAGAAAAAGCCAAAGAAGGAAAAGCCCCGACACUUUAGUGACCUCUGGGUUCGCAUUCAAGACAGUGUGACUGACCCUCCUCCACAAAUCCAAGUUAUUAAUGGGUAUAUCACAGUGGAACCACAGCCCAGAAGAUCUGGAAAUGACCAUUUUAUGUUGCCAGCUAACAGCGGCUCUUCAGUUCACUCGGCUUUUACUAUCCUUGUACUGUUUAUAUGCUAUUUACAGCAUUUGUUGAUACAAUGAAGCUCUGAAAAGAUAAAACACCAACUGAUACGACUGGGCAUUCAUGUAAAAGGACAAUAAUGUGUUUGCCAGCACUGGAAAAGGGUUUAUUGCCAUUGAAGUGUUUAGUGACUACUGCCCUAAGUGCUUUACCUUGUAAUGGACAAUUAAUAUAAUUUACAGAUUAAUAAUGAACAGAUAAUAUACUUUUUUUUAUAUUGGAAAAGUUAUAUUUUUCUUCUUUUGAGGAAGAAUGAUUUCAUGUUAAUCCCAUAAUGCACUUGGGAAAUGUACAUUGUACUGUGACAUAGAUGUAUUUUAGAUUUAUAAAA